AUGGGAAAGCCUCUAAAGGACUACAAUGAUAUAAUGGCAGCGUGUAGGACCCGGCUGGUCACCAACACUACCACCGCAAAAUUCGGCGACAAGACAUUCGAAUUCUUUCCGUUGACAACCAUUCGGCAAGUCGCUUCUGCAGGCAGCGUCAGUGGUAUUUUCCACUUCUCCGGGCUGGACACCGACACGGUGUACGAACUGAAGAAUAGGAUCCGGUCAGGCGGUGAGCGUUUGUUUGCUCUCGCUAUAUACUGCGGUCUCUCGCCACCUGACGUACUCUUCGUCUUGACAACCCACAAUGAUGAUGCCCUUCCUUUCUCGCCAAAAGACUGGCUUGGGGUGACCGAAGAACAAUCAGACUCGGUCUACAGUACUAUUUGCGACGCACAACAUCUCUUUACUGUCCCUGAACUUCAAGAAUCUCAAUACAGGACCGAUCUCACGGGUCAUGCCAUUCCGAUCGAAUUCAACAGAGGUGUCAACCCCGACGUUGGCGAAGGUUCCGGAGGGAAAGUCUACAAAGCCAGAAUCCACAACAGCUGUGCUUCCUUUUUACGAGAGUCCCAGGGCGCCCACGACUGGUCUAGAUAUCUUGCACUCAAAGUCAGCAAAUUUCGGGAAGACGCCGAGCGGGAAUGCGAUUUCCUCGAGACUUUGGCCCGAUCUCCAGGCUCACACGAGCAUAUCACUACAUUCUACACUGGCUUCGUAUUCGAGAAGAAGGUAUACCUCAUCGCGGAGCUAGCGGAUGGCAAUUUGGACGAUUUUAUGGCGAAGCACCCUGAACGCCGAGCUGUCAAAGAUCUGGAUCGCGAGUGGCUUUUGGCACAGCUCCGGGGCCUUGCGAGUGCUCUAGAGGUUCUUCACGGUCAAAUGACAUACCACCAUCACGAUAUCAAGCCUGCCAACAUCCUAGUAUUCAACGAUCCUGCCGCUAACGUGAAACACAGAUUGAAGUUCACCGACUUCGGCUCCGCAGGCUUUGCCGGGUGUAUCGAUGCGACCGGACGUAGUGCAAAAUCGAAGAUCAAAGGUAACACACCAACGCUACCACCGGAGACGUACAAGAACGGGUCAAGCUCUCGCCCACAUGAUGUUUGGUCGCUAGGAUGUGUCUUCCUCGACAUUUUGGUGUGGUAUUGGAAAGGCUGGGAAUAUCUGAAGGAGUUUCGUUCCGAGGUGGAGGAAGAGAGCGUAGCUUGGUGCUAUUACACUGUAGAGGAUGGGAAUGUGACGAGAACUGAGGCAGUUUCGGCUGCUCUAGAUGAGCUUGGGCCAACUGAAGCGGAACUCGUUUGCGUCAUACAAGACAUGCUAGGAAUCGACCCAGGUUGUCGACCGAACGCAGCCAGUGUGUGGGAGAGACUGGGCCCGAUAGAUUAG